AUGUGGAUGUGUCUUGUGUUCCGGUCGCUACCAGAAGACACCCUGAAAGAGUGGCUACCAGACGAUGUGCUCGUCGAUAAGAAAAAGUUGACGGCGAAAGAGGGUAUUGUAGGUGGAUUAAAUGUAGCGAGUCCACUUGAUCAGGGAGUGGAGAUGAAAGAGAGGGAUUUUGUGGACCUGAGUGAAGAGAACGAUCCCGUCAUACGGGAUUAUCUGAAGGAGAUGCAGAGGAAGAAGGGGGAUGGACUGAUUGGAGAGAAUCUGAAGGAAAGAAAGACGAAAGAUGUUGAAGUGGACGAAGAAGAACGUGCGCUGAGGAAGAAGAUGUACGCCGAAAAAGCACGGAGGUACCAGCAGAGGAACACGGAUAUCGUUGUUCCGCAGUGGGUUUUCCUUGGUGCCAUGGCGUGGGGGACCGCAGGCCAGAGGAAGCUGGAGAUGAGGUGA